AUGGCAGAUGCCGAUACGAGUUCAAAUUCGUCAAAGACGAAUGAAGAUAGAAGUCAAGAGGGUUUCGGAACUUACCAAGGUUACACUGAUAGAGUUGCUCUGGAAGUUCAAGAAUUGGCCAGAAUAAUUUCACACGCAAGCAUUCAGCAGUUGAAACUUAAAAGACAACACAGCAGACAAGAAUCACAAAAGUCCAAUGAACAGGAAAGUGAAUUAUCGGGUAAACUAGGGGUUAUUCCUGUGGAUGAAAAUGGUAAUUUCGUUGAUCAACGUUUGAACCCGAACUCACCUGAAUUCAACGCAGCUUAUUGGAUCCAAAAUGCUCAUAAGCUAGUAUCUUCCGACAUUGACUACUUUAAACCUGUUACUAUUGGUGUUGCUUAUAAGAACUUGCGUGCUUAUGGUUCGGCUUCUGAUGCCGAUUACCAGAGUACUUUGGUCAAUCUCAUUCCCAAAUAUCUUUCGUUGUUUUUUAGAGAGUACAUUUUGAGACAUACUGGACCCACUUUUGAUAUUUUAAAACCAAUGGAUGGAUUGAUUAAACCGGGCGAGUUGACCGUUGUCUUGGGUAGGCCAGGUGCUGGUUGCUCGACAUUUUUGAAAACAAUUGCUUCACAGACUUAUGGUUACCACAUUGACAAAGAUUCUGUUAUCAGAUACAACUCGUUGACACCUCAUGAAAUCAAAAAGCACUAUCGAGGUGAAGUUGUAUAUUGUGCCGAAACUGAAAACCAUUUCCCACAAUUAACAGUCGGUGACACGUUGGAAUUUGCUGCAAAAAUGAGAACACCUCAAAAUAGACCAUUGGGUGUAAGCAGAGAUGCAUAUGCUCGCCACUUGGCUGCAGUGGUAAUGGCAGUAUAUGGGUUAUCUCAUACAAGAAACACAAAGGUCGGUAAUGAUUUCAUUAGAGGGGUUUCUGGUGGUGAGCGUAAGAGAGUGUCGAUUGCUGAAAUAACUCUUAACAACGCUAUGGUCCAAUGUUGGGAUAAUUCUACAAGAGGUUUAGACUCGGCUACUGCGCUUGAAUUUAUUAGAGCGUUAAAGGCUAGUGCCGAUAUUGUACAUACCACGCCAUUGGUUGCUAUCUAUCAAUGCUCACAAGACGCUUACGAUUUGUUUGACAAAGUUGUUUUGAUGUAUCAAGGUUAUCAGAUUUAUUUUGGAAGUGCCAAAAAGGCAAAGCAAUAUUUUAUUGACAUGGGAUAUGAGUGUCCUCAGAGGCAAACAACCGCUGAUUUCUUGACUUCAUUAACAAACCCUGCAGAGAGAAUAGUUAGACAAGGUUUUGAAGGGAAAGUUCCCCAAACACCACAAGAAUUUUACGAGUACUGGAAAAAGUCACCAGAGGGACAACAAAUAGUGGCAGAUGUGGACCAGUAUUUAACUGAACAUAGUAGUGCUGCCGAAAAAGAGGCAAUAAAAGAAGCGCAUCAAGCACGUCAAUCAGAUCACUUGAAGCCUGCAUCCCCUUACACAGUUAGUUUUUUCAUGCAAGUUCGAUACAUUGCCCAUAGAAAUAUACUUAGAAUAAAGGGGAACCCAAGUAUCCAUCUUUUCCAGAUUUUUGGCAACAUUGGGAUGUCUUUUAUAUUGUCUUCCAUAUUUUACAAUUUACCCACUGCAACAUCCUCAUUUUAUCAUAGAACUGCGGCUUUAUUUUUCGCUGUUUUAUUCAACGCGUUUUCGUGUUUGUUAGAAAUAUUUUCCCUUUAUGAAGCCAGAUCAAUCGUCGAGAAGCACAAGAAGUAUGCACUUUACCAUCCUGCAGCAGAUGCGUUUGCAUCCAUAGUCACUGAAUUGCCAACAAAGUUUAUUAUUGCCAUUGGAUUCAAUUUGGUGUAUUAUUUUAUGGUCAAUUUCCGAAGAACUCCUGGCAACUUUUUCUUCUAUUUGCUUAUAAACUUUUCUGCCACCUUGGCUAUGUCCCAUAUUUUUAGAACCAUUGGUGCUGCGACAAAGACCUUGCAAGAAGCAAUGACCCCAGCAGCUAUAUUAUUAUUGGCAUUGACGAUAUUUACUGGGUUUGUGAUUCCUACACCAAAUAUGCAUGGCUGGUGUCGUUGGAUUAACUAUUUGGACCCGUUGGCCUACGCUUUUGAAUCAUUGAUAGCAAAUGAAUUCCACAAUCGUGAUUUUGAAUGCUCACAAUAUGUUCCUUCUGGUGGCAGCUACCCUACUGCCGGACCCAAUCGAAUCUGUACUCCUGUGGGAAGUGUGCCCGGCCAAGACUUUGUUGAUGGAACAAGAUACAUGGAGAUGUCCUUUGAUUAUAGAAAUCUGCACAAGUGGAGAAAUUUUGGAAUUGUCAUUGGCUUUAUAGUGUUCUUCUUCUGCACCUAUAUCUUGUUGUGUGAAAUUAACAAGGGUGCAAUGCAAAAGGGUGAAAUUUUGUUAUUUCAACAACGUGCAUUGAAAAAGAGAAAGAAAGCAAACAACGAUAUUGAAAGUGGGGAAAUAGAGAAAGUUACUCCAGAGUUUGACAACGAGUAUGAGAAUAACCAGGACAAAAUGUUACAAUCUGGCGGAGACACCUUCUUUUGGAGAGAUUUGACGUACCAAGUGAAAAUCAAAUCAGAAGAUAGAGUUAUUCUUGAUCACGUAAGCGGCUGGGUCAAACCAGGACAGGUUACAGCGUUAAUGGGGGCUUCCGGUGCGGGAAAAACGACGUUAUUGAACGCUUUAUCCGAUAGGUUAACUACUGGUGUGGUUACUGAAGGUAUUAGGUUAGUUAAUGGGAGACCAUUAGACUCGUCGUUUCAGAGAUCUAUUGGGUAUGUUCAACAACAAGAUUUGCAUUUGGAGACUUCAACUGUUAGAGAAGCGUUGGAAUUUGCUGCGUACUUGCGGCAACCAAAAUCAGUAUCUCGAAAGGAAAAGAACGAGUAUGUGGAUUAUAUAAUUCGGUUAUUGGAGAUGGAACAGUAUGCGGAUGCAGUAGUUGGUGUUAGUGGUGAAGGUUUGAAUGUCGAGCAAAGAAAAAGAUUGUCAAUUGGUGUCGAGUUGGUAGCAAAGCCCAAACUUUUGGUGUUUUUAGAUGAGCCAACAUCUGGGUUAGAUUCACAAACAGCAUGGUCAAUCUGUAAGUUAAUCAGAAAGCUAGCUGAUAAUGGGCAAGCAAUUUUGUGCACAAUACACCAGCCAUCAGCCAUUCUUCUUGCCGAGUUUGAUAGACUUUUAUUUUUACAGAGAGGUGGUCGAACAGUUUACUUUGGUGAUUUGGGGGAAAAUUUUACAACGCUUAUAAAUUACUUUGAAAAGUACGGUGCUCCAAAAUGUCCACCAGAAGCUAAUCCAGCUGAAUGGAUGUUAGAAGUUAUUGGUGCUGCACCUGGUUCCAAGGCCAACCAGGAUUAUUACGAUGUAUGGUUGAAAUCUAGUGAAUUCCAAGAAAUGAACCUGGAACUAGACUUGAUGCUGGAAGAGCUUGUUAAAAAGCCGCUUGACGAUGAUCCAGACAGGCUCAAACCUUAUGCUGCACCUUAUUGGGAGCAGUAUUUGUUUGUUACAAAGCGUGUUUUCGAACAAAAUUGGAGAACCCCAAGCUAUUUAUAUUCCAAGUUUUUGUUGGUUGUCACUUCUAGUUUGUUUAACGGAUUUUCAUUUUACAAAGCUGAUAGGUCAUUACAGGGAUUGCAAAAUCAGAUGUUUUCUGUGUUUAUGUUCCUUGUGAUUCUUCACACUUUGAUUCAACAGUACUUGCCAACUUUUGUAUCUCAAAGAGAUUUGUAUGAAGUCAGAGAACGACCAUCGAAAACUUUUAGCUGGAUUACAUUUAUUGCUGCCCAAGUCACUGCUGAAAUUCCAUGGAAUAUAAUCUGUGGCACAUUGGGCUAUUUCUGUUGGUAUUACCCCGUGGGCUUGUACCAGAAUGCAACAUAUACAAAUACAGUUCACCAAAGGGGUGCAUUUAUGUGGUUUGCUAUUGUAUUGUUUUUCAUAUAUACCUCGACAAUGGCUCAGUUGUGUAUUUCAUUUUUGGAGAUUGAUGAUAAUGCUGCUAAUUUGUCUGUUUUACUUUUCACAAUGUGUUUGGCCUUUUGUGGUGUGUUAGUGACAAAGGAGCAGUUACCAGGCUUCUGGGUAUUCAUGUACAGAUGCAGCCCAUUCACAUAUUUAGUGUCGGUGAUGUUGUCAGUGGGAUUAGUAGAUGCACCUGUGACAUGUGCAGCAAAAGAGUAUUUAAGAUUCAGUCCUCCACAGGGUUAUACAUGUAUUCAAUAUAUGGAGCCAUAUAUGAAGGUUGCAGGUGGCUACUUACUUAACGAGAACAGUACAACAGAGUGUGAAUUUUGCACAAUGAAAGUGACAAAUGUGUUUUUGAAGAUGAUUGGUUCAGACUAUUCGAAAAGAGGAAGAGAUAUUGGUAUCUACAUUGCUUUUAUUGGCAUAAAUAUUAUUGGUACUUUUAUUCUUUAUUGGUUUGCCAGAGUGCCAAAAAAUUUUGAUAUCAAACUUAGACGUAAACGUUGA